AAUCCCGUAGAAAUCGUCAAGACACUUGGACGACUGUGACAUCCUCACCUCUCGCUCACCGCUCCAACUCUCGCAACCAUGGGCAAGGGCAAAGGACAGAAGGUCAUGGACUUCGACCUGGCGACCGCGAUGACGAAGAAAGAGAACCGCAAGCUGACCAAGAUGGAGUGCAUGGUCAACUACCACCUCGCCCGCGUGCCCUUCUGGAACGGCAAGGAGUCGGUCGCGAUGGCGAACGCCGAAAAGACCCGUGAGAUGAUUGCCUCGCUCAAGACCAAGGUGAAGAACCGCUGGGAGGAGCAGAACGGCAUUUACUAGUGGGAGAUCCCCGCCAAGCGAGCGCGGCGCGCAGGGAGUCCGGAGAAGUCGCCGCGGGGCCUUUGGCCGCGCGGCGGCGCCCGUUCCUGCGUGCCGCACCUGGCGCUCGAUCGUGACGGGCGUGUGGGGAGUCCGGAGAAGCCGCCGCGGGGUCUCGGCCUCGCGGUGGCGCCCGUUCCCGUGCGCUGGAAAGUCCGGGCAUGUGCCCUUGCUUGUGCACCCUUCUGUUUGCAUGUUAUCGCGAUGUCUCUGUGGAUAUGUGGCUGAGCCCGGGCCUUUAGGGAGGCCCCGUGGUGGUCGGAACGGCAUGACGUGUACCAGCGAGGGGGGCGUGCGCAGUGUGCGAUUGCGCGCUGUGUGCGGUAGCCUCUGAGCUCUGAUGUGAGCUCUGUUUGACGGCUGGUUGUCUCAGUCCGGCGUUAGUUGAGAUAUCGUGUUGUAUUGAUCUUUGUAUAGCAUUUUGUAACUUGUAGUGUCGCAGCGUCGAGCGUCCCC